CCUCAUUGCAAAACCCUAAUUUUACAACCCCUCAAAAUUAUUAUUGUUAUUUAUUUUUUCACAUCUGCCAUUUUUUUUUGAAUUUUUGCAAAAUCAAUUUCCGCAGUUUCUGUUUCCGCGCAGUAAGUUGCAGAAAUUGAAACUUGGCGGUGUUGGAGAAAUCAUGGCAGAGAGAUUCUUGUAGAUGUACUUUGUUUGUACUUUGAUGACCUUCCCGAACUCAAAGCCUGCUCUGAUUUCUAGAUUUACGAAGUUUCCGUAGCAAGUUUGAGCUGGCUUGUCUGGAUUGCUCUGGAAUCUAUGCUGUUGUGAAAUUAGAAAUUAUAGUUGAGAGUUGUUGUGCGUAUUUAAGUUUUUCGAAGCUUGAGCGUGAAUAGAUUUGAGCUCAUUAGUUAGGGUUUAAGAAUCUGGGGAGGGUUUUAGGUAUUUUACAGACAUCUGUUUGGGUUAGUGUAUGAAUGGAGGAAAAGGAAGGCAUAAACGGCGCCGGAAUCACAGUUAAAGGCGAAGAAGCUCCUCCGAGCUUCAGGGUGGAGCCAAGGGUUGAGAAUUCCAGCCAGUUCGGCGGAUCAACUGCUCCUCCGGUGACACCUGCGGCUCAGACAAGUGGCGAUGUGCGUACUUCGGAGAUGAAGAAAAAGAGAGGACGGCCGAGGAAGUACGCGACGGAUGGGGCUAUUGUGGCAUUGUCGCCUAUGCCUAUAUCGGCGUCGAUUCCGUUCACAGGUGAUUAUUCAUGGAAGCAAGGCGCCGCUCGGUCUGCUGAUUCUUCAAAGAAGAAGCAUAAAUUGGAUUUCGGGAGUGCAGGACAAAUGUCGGCAUACCCUACUGGUGGAAAUUUUACACCCCAUAUGAUAACUAUUAAUUCCGGAGAGGAUAUCAUGAUGAAGAUAAUAUCCUUUUCUCAACAAGGGUCUAGAGCCAUUUGCAUUUUAGCUGCAAAUGGAACUAUCUCAAAUGUGACAUUGCGUCAACCAAAUUCUUCUGGUGGUACUUUAACCUACGAGGGUCGUUUUGAAAUCCUCUCUCUCACUGGAUCAUUCAUGCCAAGUGAUAAUGGACAGACAAAAAGCAGGUCUGGUGGGAUGAGUGUCUCGCUGGCUGGCCCUGAUGGACGUGUCUUGGGGGGAGGACUAGCUGGCAUGCUAGUUGCAGCUGGCCCUGUUCAGGUUGUGAUUGGAAGCUUUGUUACCAGUCAACAACAGCCGGAGCCAAAGCCUAAGAAACCAAAAUACGAGCACACAAUAACAUUUGCUCCCAUCCCCUCAAACCCUCUUUCUGAAGAAAGAUACGAACCAACCUCCAGUACACCAAAGCCAAACUUGACCACACCCGCUACUUUUCACGAAGACAACUUGGCUUCUGUAAACACCACACUUGGCCCCAAAAUAGCAGAUGUUGAAAAUAACAUUUUGUUGCCGGAUGAGGAUCCUAGAGACCAGGGCCGCGGAUUAACUUGCUGAAUUCAUUAAGCUUCUCGUGUUUGUAUUUUAGCUGUGUUAUUUUUCCCUUUUCCUGUUGUAGAAGUUGUAGCCUCACUUCUGACCUGCCCCCUGCUUCAAGUCGCCGGAUGCUAUCCCACCUUGAUGAAGCGGCGCAUGACUUGUCCGUUCCAUCCAGUUUACUAAUUUCCUGCUCAGGUAUUUUAGAUUAGGAUUUGUUGUUAGAAUUCCUGGAUCUGUCACUCUUAUUCCAUUUCUCAAUUAUGUGUAACUUGCUGAUGUUUGAAACUCGAUGCGACAUUUCUAGUCAUAGUUUAAAGACUUGAAUUUUCCUUGGCAUAUUCGCGGUAAGUACAUUUUUCUUCGUGGUCCCGUAGACUUCCCUUUAAAGCCAUGAUAUUAGAAGCUUCACCUAAGUUCAUGCCUAUAGUUAUAUUUAUUUGUAUGAAAUUGAAGUCACCAUGUUUGUAGGCUG